GCUCGUUCGAACCCUAGGAAGCUCGAAGCUCGAGGUUUCACUUAGGACGCGAAACAGCGUUAUAGAAUUGCCACGAGGUUGCCAGAGUUCCUCGUCGUGGUAUUGGAAUCGUUAAGUGGUUUAUUGUCGAGAAGCAAAAGGGGCUUACGAAUCUUGUAACCUUCUUUUCCUCGUGCUUUUGUUGGUUCGCUCGGUCGAGUGCAAACUUCAGAGCUACAAUCGAUUUCAAGGGCAAAUUCACAGCCAAGGUCUCUCCUCUACAAGAGGAGCACACGUCGUCGCGUUUAGCAUCGUGUAUUCCCACAAUUGCUUCCUCGGUUUUAGGUUUUUCUUUUGGCCAUUAUUUCUCUUCUUGACCAUUGUAUUGCAUUGCAUCUCACGAGGAUGGAUCCUGGAAAUUCUACAUGGCAUGUGCGACUACUGACCCCGUUUGCCUUCGGAAAGUAGUGAAGGAUAGUUGAUCUGGAGUGAGGAUGGACGGGAUGUACUGCCGAACUGCAAGAAGGAAGACUGCCUGGUCUAGUGAUCAAACCCACCCACCGGUCUAGUGAUCAAACCCACCCACCGACCUCGAGUAUCGAUCUCGAGGAAAAGAACGAAUGUUCAGAGGAGUGAGGUGAGAAUCAUAAGACGACUUGAGACUCUGCUAGGACGUGGGAGCCUCACUUGCAACAGGGCUUCGCAACUGAGUUGUACAUGUCGACGGUGAUCAGGGAACCCCGCUGGCCACUGGCCACGCUCCUGCAUCCAAGUAGUUGCGCUGCAUGUCCCGGCGGAGACUUUUUCUCUCAAGAAACAUCUUCCGUCGUAAAUCUGAUCCAGCGGCAGCGCAAGAUCAUCUCAUAAGAUUGCCUUUGUCCUCAUGUACGGAAUAUUUCUUUAUCGAGCUUACAAGAGAGAGAUCUUUAACGCAAAGUUAGAUUUUUUUCGUUUCAUCUCCGUAAAGGCUGAAAGAUUCCAGAAACUUCACAUCACAGAGAGGCCUAGCAAAGGGGUAUUGUUAUUUGAGCGUCAUAUGUGUCAUGUGAGUCGCAUGAACAAGAAUCAUUUUCUUCCCAACAUCGAGCGUGAACUUCAGCUCUAAAUUGAGACGGAAGGUCUGUGG